AUGUCCGCCCCUGCCGGCGGGCAGGCUGGCCUCCUGCCCGCGUUGCCUGCCUGGGUGCUGGCAGGAGGGAGGGUCCGGCCUCACGGGGAGGGUCUGGCAGCCGCGCUGUCGCCCUUCGCGGCGACCCGGCGGAUUGGGCACCCCUACCAGAACCGCACGCCGCCCAAGCGGAAGAAGCCACGCACCUCCUUCAGCCGGGUGCAGAUCUGCGAGCUGGAGAAGCGCUUCCACCGCCAGAAGUACCUGGCCUCGGCCGAGCGUGCCACCCUGGCCAAGGCCCUCAAGAUGACGGACGCCCAGGUCAAGACCUGGUUCCAGAACCGCCGCACCAAGUGGAGGAGGCAGACGGCGGAGGAGCGCGAGGCGGAGCGCCAGCAGGCCAACCGCCUGAUGCUGCACCUGCAGCAGGAGGCCUUCCAGAAGAGCCUGAGCCAGCCGCUGCCCCAGGACCCGCUCUGCAUGCACAACUCCUCCCUCUACGCCCUGCAGAACCUGCAGCCCUGGGCUGAGGACAACAAGGUGACGUCUGUCUCAGGGGUGGCCUCUGUGGUGUGAGGUCCCCGGGGAGCCGUGGACGUGCCGGGAGCCGGUGGUGGGGUCUGAGCCU